CAUAAUUCCCAAACAAAACCGAGGGCAAGUUUUUGAUCUCACUUAUGAACUGAUCAAAUAAUAUGAUUUAGAAAUAAUUUUACUAAUUGGUAUUAACUGCAAUAUGCAGGGCGUACAUCCGCGCGCUGCACGUGACGCACGUGCUUCAGGCCCGUUGUAACAAUGAGCGCACGUGGUUCAAGCCAGUCGAAUGAAUUCCACUGAAGAGGAUGGACACAGACAACAACGAUAUAUUUCUGACGCAGUCAGUUUUUAAAGAAUCGGCAUCCUGUGCUGAAGAAGACAAGGAAAGUGAUGACUUUAAAUUCCGUUUAGGAGAUCCACUCUCCGAGCGUGAAAUAACCUUACAAGGUACCGUCAAAAGACUGUGCAAGACGUCCGGUAUUGAGGGCAUGAAGAUAAACCAUUCCUUGGGAGCCAUGGCAGCCACUCGAAUGUAUCAAGGUGACGUUGAUGAACAAAUGAUUUGCGAAAUUACCGGACAUCGGAGUGAUGCCGUUCGAAAUUACAAGAGAACUUCUGACAACCAAAAGGCAACGGUCUCUGACAUACUUAGUAUGUUGAAAAAAAUGAACUCGCCAUCACGUGAAGAAGCUGAUCCGAAAAGAGCAGAUGACCAAUGACCUGAAGACAAACUAAAUCGAACUGUGACGCUCAAUUUCAAUUUCAUCUAAUAUCAAUAAAUAGUUGAGCCAU